AUGUCGUCGUCGUCGCCAUUAGCGUCACCACCACGUUCACAUCGUGAGUCCGUGAUUAUUACUACAGAAGAAGAGGAAUUAUUAUUGCAUCCAUUAGAAGAACGUGUACUUCAACUUUCACAAGAACUUGCACAAACGGAUUCAUCCAUUCCUGCACUCACAGACGAUGAAGUGAUUACGAAGCUUAAUCUAAUUGCUGAAACACUUGAAGAAGUUGAAACGAAUUUUCGCAAGGAACGGUCGUCUCCGUAUCGUCGUGAUGGUCACUUGAUUGGUAAUUUAUUACAGAUACUUGAGCAAAAUGAAGAGUUUUAUCCAAUGUUGGAAGAAAAAAUGUUCAAUUCAAGCGUAAAUCGUGUCAAAGCAGCGACAUGUCGAUUACUAUUGGCAACUGUGCCUGUAAAUAGCAGAGCUAUUGUGCGUAUGUUGGAUGUUGAUGAAGAGAUGCUAGAGCGAGUUUGUGGGUUUGCUACGGAUACCGAUCCAGGCUUACGAUGCUAUGCAACUGGACUUUUAUCUGUUGGACUACGAGAUCGCUCAAUUGCAGAUACUGUCGUUAAUACUGAAACGCCGUUGAAAUUACUCAAGAGAGCACGCAUGUAUGCGUCGAAAUUGGAGAAAGAACGGCAGCAGGCAGUCAAGUAUAUUCAGGACCAUCUUCGUCUUGCAACAUCUCGCCACAAGAAGGCAGCAAGUAGUGGAGGAAGUGGAACGACAAAGGCUUCAACCCAACCGCGGUCUUUGAAGCGUAAGCACACGGAUAUAAGCAACCGUGCGGCUAGUCACGGAAAUGAUAACGCUGAGAAUGUUGAUACUGGCUCAGGGAUGGAAGCUGACGAAGAAGAGGCGGCUGCUACGGUGCCGAAUCAGUCUAUCUCGAUCCAUGAAGAUGAUGUCAUGGGAAGUUUUGGCGAAGAUGGAUCGAUUGUAACGCCAAGUUCUGAACACCAUGAAGAGGAUUUCAAGCGUCUGGUAAUGCUGGAGCUACUAUAUACCCUAGACUGCUUGGGCUCGAUGGGUGAGUACUUAGAGAUAUUUGCGCCUGCGCUGAAAGAAGAUAUCAUUACAACAACUAUCACAUUCCUGCACAGCAAGAAUCCUGCCGUGAUAUCUCACACAAUGACAUUGACGUCACAUUUUCUCGCUCACAAGAAGUUCUCUUUCCUGCUGGUUGAGGCAGGAGGAGUGGACCUGCUGUUCACUGUAUUCAGACUGCAGCAGGCGGCUGGGCAAGUGGGCCUACUAGAUCGAAGCUUGUCAAUGUGUCUUCAUGGGUUCGCUUCCUCGUCGGCAGUCAUUGAGCGGCUUGUUGUAACGAAUGCGGAUAACAUGUUAUCGGCAGCAUUUAUGCUGCUUUCUAGCCCCAAUGACCGUGCAAGGCAAAAUGCUGUGGUAUUUUUCAGCCUGACCCUGGGUUUCAGGGUGAUUCUCGACUAUUUUGAAAAGCACAAUGGCUUGUACACGGUGCUGAAUAUCAUUCGAGUUGGCAACCAUCCAAAGUCAUCCGCACAAAGACAACUUGCGCAAGAUGCGUGUUUGUGUUUGCGUCAAUAUGUACGCAUGCAUAUGGCGUUGGUAACUCAUCGGCUUAGGAGAAAGCUUGCUCAGUUGAAUCAUCCAUCGAACAGGGUGCCGAACACAGUGCCUGUGUUGACAGCGGCGACUGCAGAUUCGCGUCUUCCAGCACGAGUCCCGAAAAUCACGUGGUCGAAAGCAAUCGACCUCGACGACAAAACUCACGAACAAAACAUGGUGUUUUACGAAAAGUAUCGUUUCAGUGCUACUAGUGGCAAUUCCAACAACUCGUGGUCUGCAGCUGCUGGUCCAGGCGGUGGGAUGUGGCCUCCCGCGGCAAAAUUGAGGCAUUUGCGGGGUAUUCUCGUACUUUUGGAGGUUGUAGCAAAGAUGUGCUCAGUGAUGCACAACACCGAUCCAGACGCGAGCUCCACCACUUUUCGGAUAUGGACGGCAGAACGCGCGCAGUUUUGUUUGGACUCACUUCGGGUGUUGACGCUGGUGGUUCCAUUCUUGGCUAACGAAGUGUGCUCAACAGAAGUACUAGGUGAUGAAGGAAAUGCUUUCAAACAGCUAGGAAUGACCAUUUUGCUGGACGUUGCCAUGAGUAGCAAUCCUAGAGACUCUGAGCUAGUACGCGAUGCGCUACGAGUAUUUUGCAACUGCGUAUCGCCUCCUCACCACGAGGAUUGUUGGCAGCACCCUUACAAGGACAUUCGGCAGUAUACCCUGACAGCUCGAAGUAUGCGGACGAAGAAGGAUGAUCAGUUGCAGCGUUCUAGCUCCGAUACAGCAGACCAGGGACUGAGCACAAUUGCGUCGGACAGCUGUUCAAACUGCUGUCCGAAGGCUAAGGACGAUAAAAUGCUGAGACCGGUACGAAAGUUGGCGCGUGAGCGGAACGCAAUUAAAGUAUGUGUAUACCUGCUUCGCUACAAGCGCUCCGUUCAAAACGCAGAUGCUAUUCGACUCUUGGCAACACGCGCAUUGUUAGGACUGUCUCGUGAUCGUCAUAUAUCUCAAAUUCUUGAGAAAAUGCAAGUCGGCCAAUUACUGUCAGAUAUGAUUCGAAGCGACCCAGUUCUGGAAGAGAAUGCUGAUAUUCACGUACGCUUUCGAGAAUCUGCCUUGGAUUUGAUUUCUCAUGUGACGCAUCGAGCGUCCUGCGUUGUAAUUAAUGAGGCGACGGACCCUACGGUGAGAAAGAUUGAGAAAGCAAGUAUUGUUGCAAAUACCAAGAUAUUUUACGACGAGAAUGAGCUCCUGCGGCUGAUUCACGACCACCUAGUUACGAAAGGUUUCCAUCAUGCUGCAUCAGCACUUGUGGAUGAAGCGAAAGUUCCAGCUGAUAGGGCAAGAAAAGCCUCAUUUGCUGGAGAUACACAGCCUUGUUGGCCCGAUAAAACCGAGGACAACGGAGGAACACUUCCUUUGAUUUCAAAGGGGGCAACAUUGGUUAAGAGGCAGGCAGAUUUUGAUCACGAACUUCCGUUCAAUAUGCUGAAUAAACGCGAAAGUGGCUAUUCAAGUGGGGGAGAUGCACCACGACCGAAGAAAUUGCAGCGAGUUUCAUCUUUGGGUUCCACUGGCGAGUUGGAAAAAGCUCAUGUUAUGGGUUCGGUGCAAAACCCUCUUAAAUUGUUUCGUUCUGUAGAUGGUCAAGCUAAGUCCUCCAUACCAGCUACUCCGUACCGUCAAUUGAAGAAUAGGAUGCAACAGGCACUUAGCAGACCGCAUCUCUUUCGAGAUAGUGCUCUAACAGAUUCGGCGACAUCUCCGAAAGUCGUGACUGAGACAGCCCGCUCCGAUGCUUUGCAAAAGCUUCCGAUAAAUACGCGAUGGAGUUCAACUAGUGAAGCCCGCUCGACGUCUGCAACAAGCAAGCUAGAUGACAUCAUCACGCAUUACUUGCGAGAGCAGCACCGCCAGUGUGCGAACCCUGUUACGACAGUGCCACCGUUUAAGCUGUUGGGGGAAGGAACACAGCAUCGUUGCCCGGAUCCACCCGCAACCGCGUCAUCAAACUUAAAUGUUUGCUCGAGAUUAUUGCGGCGUAGCCGGACGGGUUAUCACGUUGGAGUAUCGGCAUUCUCGUCAUACUAUGCCGAUGCCGGAAUUGAUCGUUACGUGUUUAGCCGCUACCGUCCAUAUCGUACUGUAGGGGCACAUAUUGGGGCGUUUGCAUGGGGUGGAGUGAGCGUCGCUCGAUUUUUCGGCCAAGAUCAGCAAGAUAUGUUGAUUGGCAAUCAUGAUGGAGAGCUUCGCCAAUUUAAUAUCGAAUCUGACGAAGUCGUGGAAGAAUGGACUUGCCAUUCGUCAUCAAGUGCUAUUGUCGAUUUGGAAACGAACGAAAGAACAUCGCUGGGUGUUCAAAGCCGAUUGAUUCUUACAGGGGCCGUAGCUCUAUCUGAUCUUGCCGCGAACGAGAUCGCCCUUUGGGAUGCAAAUAACAUGAGCGAGCUUGUAGAGCGGUGGCGUUUCAAGGGUGGCCUUCAUUCUCAAUUUAAUCAUUACGGAGAUCGUAUUGUUGCACUUGACGGGCGUUUCAAUGACGUAGAUUCUGGAUUUGGAAGGCCAGGUUGCACCGUCAAUGGUGCUGUCGUUCUGGAUGUUGCUACAGGAGAUGUGUUGUGUGACUUACAGGAUGUCAUGCGCUCUAAUGGUUAUGGCGUAGAAACUAAUUGCUGUUUCUCACCCUGUGACGGCACUAUUCUUACGGAUGGUAUGCUGUGGGAUGCGCGUAUUCCAACGCGGGCAUUGUACAAGUUCGAUAAGUUGUCCAACGUUGGCCGCGGCUUUUUUCACCCAAAUGGUAAUGAAGUGAUUGUCAACUCGGCCGUGUGGGAUCUUCGUACAUACCGGCUGUUACGAAUGGUGCCUGCAUUAGACAAGUGCAGUAUCAAGUUCAAUCUUUCUGGUAGCGUGUUGUUUGCAUAUUAUCCGUAUGCAGGGGGUGACUACUUGGAACGCAGAAAGACGAAGCUCAAGUCGUGGUUUCGCGUGCUGGAUGCCCGUGACUACCGGGACAUUACAACGAUCGAGCUUGGUCGCCCCGUCUUCGAUCUGAGUCUGAACACUAAGAGCCCAGUGCUAUCUGUUGUAGAAGGACGGUACGUGGAUGCUGGUGACGUAGAUGACAAUGAUUCCAUUUGUCGCCUCUAUGACAUCGGGCGAAAGCGUCCCGCUGAAGAUGACUCCGAUGCAGAAGAUGGUGAAGAUGACUCGGACACAAUAGACGAUGACGAAUACGACGACGAAAAUUCUAGUGAUGAAGACGAUGAAAUCGACGAGGAUGAUGAUACAGAGAAUGAGGACGAGGAGGAAUACAAUUCUAGCUCGGAAGAAGUUGACGGCUCCGAGGAAGAAGAGGAGGAUGGAGGCGAUGAGAGUGACGAAGCCGCUGCGGCGCGCAUCCUUGCCAUCGGCGAGGAUAGUGGCGGUGAAGAUGGCAGCGGGUCGAUCUUGUCGACUCACGAUCUCGAAUAUUUAUUAGAACUUCCUGAUACUACGUAUUACGAUGUUCAUGGUCAAUACUCAAGCGAUGAAGAUGACGCUGAAGAAGACGAGUAG